CCCAAACAUCUAUAGGUCAUCGCUGAAAUUUUAAAGUUAUCGCAGUUUUAGUAAAAAAAGUUGAUUUUUUGCCGAUUUCGUCAUUUUCCUGUUUUUGCGCGUGGCGCGUCGAAAAACUCAGUUUUUAUUUUCAAAAAAUCAUAUCUCUGAAACGUACGGUUCGACAUCGCCAAUUUUUUGAUAUUUUAUGUGAAAUUUUCCGAGGAAUCCGAUAAAAAUAUUUUCAGACAUAGGCUCUUUGGUCCAGACACGGGCAAAACGCCAUUUUAAGUUUUCAUACGACUUUUUCAAUAGUUAAGCUAGAUUUUUGGAACUUCUUACUAUUUUUCCCAAAUAGCCAAACUCAUCACCUUUCUUUUGCGUCUAGGACAGCUAAAAUCGGAUGAAAUGGCGCGGAGAUAUGAUUUUUCGAAAAAAGUGGUUUUUGCGAAAAAUGACGAAAAUUGCCAUUUUUCGAACCACCCUAGCACGAUGUAGGUCACCCUAAUGGCCAAACAAAAAAAUACGGGUCUAAUUAUUUUGGCCAAGGAACCCCCAGAAAAAUUUUGAGCCCGAUCGGAGAACUUUUUUUUCGGUUUAGGCUCUUUUCAAAUGGAAUUGCUGUAUAACUGUUUGAUUUAAACAGAUUUCUUACGUGUUAUCGUCCAAUAAAAAACUGUUGAGUUGUCGUGCUAACCACCAUCUUCAUGCAUUUUUAAUCAUUUGACAAUCAUCCUGGAUGCACUCGAUUAUUGAGCGCGAUGAAAUGUGUAAAUAGGACGCACUAUAUAUUUAAUAGCAAAGGGUGCAACUUGUUAGUCACCUCGAACACCAUGUACGGUGAAAAGUCAAGUGUUCGUUCUGAAGUGAAGCCACGCGAUUGGUGGAACUAUUUCACACUUUUGCUGAAGGAGUUUUGUCGUGAGAGCUCCAUCCAUGGCUUAAAAUACAUCGUUGGAUCCAACAGGGCUCUCAUAGAGAAGUUUGUCAAUAAUUUAACACUGCUUGAUACCCAAUUUAAACAUCCUUCUCGUAGAAUAUGGUGGCUCGUCGUGUCCUGUCUGUCCCUGUACGGCUGUGGGAAUCUCAUCCACAACAUUUUCAACAAGUGGCAGCAAGAUCCGGUGAUUGUCAGCUUCGCCACCAAGCAGGUGCCGAUCUACAAGAUUCCGUUCCCAUCGGUGACGAUCUGUCCGGAGAUCAAGGUCAAGAUGUCGCAGCUUAACUUUACCCAAGCGUACUACGAUGCGAUCGCGGGUAGCCUAACGGAGCAGUCCGAUCCGGAGCGUAUAGGGAAGUUGCUGGCAAUGAUGCAGGUUUGCGACUUUAACAUGUACGACAUCUUCACCAACGAAACGUACGACGACGAUUGCAUCAAGAUGUUGAAGCUGAUGAAACUUCAGCAAGAGGAGAUAUUCGUCGAGUGUCAGUGGCGUGGUGAUGCAACAAAUUGCACCGAGAAGUUCCGGCCAACGCUGACCGCCAAGGGGAUCUGCUACACCUUCAACUCCCUCUCAGGGGAAGAUAUGAUGCGCACGGAACAGCUCAAUACCGAGUACCGAUACGUGACGGAGACCCGUAACAUCUUGAACUGGAGCCUGGACAGGGGAUAUUCUCCCGGAUCGACGCGAGGUGUCUACCCUCAGCGAGUCCUGGGAGCGGGAAUCGGUGGAGGCUUGAACGUCGUGAUCAAAGCAAACGUCAGCGAUAUGGACAACCUCUGCAGCAAUACCUUCCAGGGGUUCCGGGUGAUGCUGCACAUGCCGGUCGAGUAUCCGGAGCUAAACCUGCGCAGCUUCCGGAUGCCGCUGGAACAAGAAGUGGUGGUUUCGGUGAUUCCAGAAGUCGUCAAGACUUCACCCGAAGUGAGGAGCUACACUCCGGAACGUCGACAGUGUUACUAUUCGAAAGAGCGAUACCUGCGAUUCUUUCGGAUGUACAGUCUGGAGAACUGCCAGAUGGAAUGUCUCACAAAUUACACCAUUCAACGGUGUGGUUGCGUUAAGUACUCGAUGCCACGACCUCCGGAUGUUAGAAUUUGUGGUCUGACCAAGGUAAACUGCUACAAAAGAGCUGCAACGGAAAUGCUCAUGUCCAGAGCGAAAAUGAUCAAGCUGGAGAAAACUCACUACAAGGACUCGUGCGAUUGCCUAGCCUCGUGUACUACAGUGCGCUAUCACAUCGAGCUGUCGCAGUCGAAUUUCAACUGGAAACAACUGCUUCCGGUUGCCAAAGAGUUUGGAAAAUCACUGGAUGGGGUUCAGAUUUCCAGCCUGGUGAUCAUGUUCAGGACGGAAGGAUUCAUUCCGGUGGUCCGAAGGGAGCUGUAUGGAACCACUGAUCUGUUGGCGAAUGCUGGGGGGUUGUUGGGACUGUUCAUGGGAAUCAGCAUUUUGAGUUUGGUUGAGAUUCUGUACUUUUGCUCAAUCAAACCCUUGCUCAUGUGGUGGAGAGGUGAUAUCGGGGUUAAGCAAGUGAGUCCCGUAAUAUCCUACACAAAUCAAGAAGGUUUCGCCGAAAGGGAUAAGUUUAAAUCGUACAACAUGGACAAGUUCUAUGUAAAGUAGGAGUCGAUGUUGUACAGCAAUAAUUAAAUGUUUGUGAUGCACUUUAAUUAGGCUAUCAUUUGCACUCAUCUUCAAAGCAGU